AUGUCCCCCUUCUCUUUCCGCCGUCGCGACCGCCACCAUCACCCCGACGCCGUCGCUGUUGCCGUCGCCCCACCAGACAUGACUCUUCGCGACCGCUCUCCGAUCUUCUCUUUCGACGACCCCCUCCGCCUUGAGUCCGACAACAUGAUCUUCGACUUUGACGACAUGCAGCCCUUCGAGUCCAAGUCGCCCUUCAUCUGGGAUUCUCACCCCGACUUCCGCAUGUCGCAUGUGCCUUUUCCUGCAUCGCCUGACUCGACGUCGAGCCAGCUUGAUCUCGGCGGGACCUAUCUGUCUCCCGCCGAUCGCUCAUUUGCUCCCGAGGCGCUCGCUGGUCAGCAGGACAUGACGCCCGCCACCCCGGACUUUAAUGACACUACGUUCUAUUCCCACUGGCUCACCGAUCCUGAUGCGUCCACCUUCGUAGGCGCGUCGGUGCCCAUCCCGAUCCCCGCUCACCAGGCGCUCGCCACCCCACCACCGCAGCAGCACCAGCCGCAGUCCUUUGGCGCAUACAACGACAGCUCUGUGUUCCCAGACGUGGCUGCGUUCUCGCCUCUCACCGCCUUCGCCGCACUGCAGCCACUCCCACGCUCGUACACCCCUGACGAGGAUGCGAUCAUGACUGACGCGUUGCGCGGCGACAGCACCAGCGCAUUGUCCCCAGCCAACACGCCAUACACCCCUGCCUGGGCGACGCAGCUGUGGGACUCGCCCAGCCCGCAGCCCCAGGAGGUCACGGUCGCCGCCCCGCCGGUUUCCUUCCCACCCCCGUCCGAGGACGAUUACGCAACACAGCGGCAACGCGUUGCUACGCGCCGCGGGCUCCCGACAGUGACCCAGAUCUUCCAGUCCUCAAGUGCACCCUCGGUGUCGCGUAUGCGUGCGCAGUCGUUCUCGAGGCCGUACAGCAACCGCCGUGAGUCGAUAAGCGAGCACGACGACGCAACUAUCCGAAAGAAGAAGCGUGCAGGCUCAGAGGAGGAGGCGCGACCCGUGGAAAAGCGGGCGGAAAGCCGCCCGCAGCGGUCGACCCUUCGCCCGCCUAAGCUUGCACCGUCUGCCUGGCAGCUCUAUUUCACCGAUUGGAUUGCGCACCACCAGGCGUCGAGCGACAAGAAGCUUAAUGUUGCACAGGCGGCGAAGGAAGCUGGCCAAGAGUAUGCGAAGCUCACGGACGCGCAGAAGCAGCCUUACAAGCGUCGUUCUCAGCUCGCGAAAGAGCAGCGUGAGCGCGAGCUGGCGGCAUACAUGCGCACGCUGACCCCAGAGGACAUCAAGCGCGAGAACGCGUUCCGAACGGCACAGCGUCGCGCGGGCAAGAGCCGCCGGGGAAACAUCAAGGACCCAAACGCGCCGAAGAAGCCGCUGAGCGCGUAUUUCAUGUUCUUGCAGCGGAUUCGGUCGGAUCCCGAUCUGGUAAAGGAGGUCUUUGGUGAUGAGACGGAAACUACGAAGCAAAGCGUGCUGGCCGCUGGGAAGUGGCGCUCGAUGACAGAUGAGGAACGCAAGCCGUUCCUUGCGCAAGCCGAGCAGGAGAAGCUCGAGUACGAAGCGGCGAGAAAGAUGUACGAGGAAGGCACGACCGGCUAUGGCACGAGCAUCAACUUUAGCAUUCUGCCUAGCACGUCGAUCGAGUCGAUGCCCUUCCCGAGGAGCGUUUUGCGUCCGCGCAAGCAGGAGCCACCGAGCCCUGGAACCGAAAGCGAGAGCGACGGUUUCACCACCGACGACGCAUCCGAUGUGCCUCAUCGCUUGUAA